AUGUCACUGCUAACUUCAGUAUCCCCUCUUCACCAGCGCUCACUACCCAAGGAUACAUUGAGAUGUCUGGUGAAGCAGCUGGAGAGAGGGGAGGCCUCACUCAUAGACCUCAAGAAGAACCUGGAGUAUGCCGCCACAGUGCUGGAGUCUGUCUACAUCGAAGAAACAAGGCGUUUGGUGGACACAGAGGAUGAGCUCAGUGACAUCCAGUCGGAGUCGGUCCCCUCGGAGGUGCGGGACUGGCUGGCUUCCACCUUCACUCGUCAGAUGGGGCUGAUGUUGAGAAGAAACGAGGAGAAACCACGAUUCAGAAGCAUUGUCCAUGCUGUGCAGGCCGGCAUCUUUGUGGAAAGAAUGUACCGACGCACAUCCAACAUGGUGGGACUCAGCUAUCCUCCCAGUGUGAUCUCAGUGCUAAAGCAUGUCGACAAGUGGUCAUUUGACGUAUUUGCCCUAAACGAUUCCAGCGGGGAGCACGGACUCAAAUUUAUAUUCUAUGAACUGCUCACAAGAUACGAUCUCAUCAGUCGCUUCAAGAUCCCCAUCUCUGCAGUCGUGUCGUUUGUCGAGGCGUUGGAGGUGGGCUACACUAAACACAAAAACCCCUACCACAACUUAAUGCAUGCAGCUGACGUGACGCAAACCGUGCAUUAUCUGCUGCUCAAGACUGGCAUGGUGCACUGGUUAACGGAGCUGGAGAUUUUUGCCAUGAUUUUUGCCGCUGCCGUGCACGAUUAUGAGCACACUGGGACCACAAACAACUUCCACAUUCAGACAAGGUCAGACUCAGCCAUCCUGUACAACGACCGCUCUGUGUUGGAGAGUCAUCAUGUGAGCGCUGCCUAUCGCCUCCUGCAGGAAGACGACGAGAUGAACAUCCUGUGUAACCUCUCCAAGGACGACUGGAGAGAGCUGAGAGCCUUAGUUGUGGAGAUGGUGUUGGCCACAGACAUGUCCUGUCACUUCCAACAAGUCAAAACUAUGAAGAACUACCUGCAGCAGCCUGAGGGGAUCGACAAGCCCAAAGCACUCUCUCUGCUCCUGCACACAGCGGACAUCAGUCACCCGGCUAAGAGCUGGGACCUGCACCACCGCUGGACCACCUCGCUGCUCGAGGAGUUCUUCAGACAGGGGGACAAAGAGGCUGAGCUUGGCUUGCCUUUCUCUCCGCUGUGUGAUAGAAAGUCAACCAUGGUGGCCCAGUCACAGAUCGGUUUCAUUGACUUCAUCGUGGUGCCCACCUUCACCGUGCUGACGGACAUGAUGGAGCGCAUCGUGACGCCGCUCAUAGAGGAGGCUGCGCACACCAGCCUGGCAGGUUUCAGGAGAUCCAGUCUGAACAGUAUUGGCUCAGAGGAAACCAAGAGGAAGAGCUCUGCUUCUGACAGCGCCUCGUCGGGACACAGCUCUCUGCUCACGGUCGACAUGAAAAACUUCAAGGCUUUGUGGAAUGAGGAGGUGUCUCAAAACAGAGAGAGGUGGAAAGCACAAGCGGCUAAAGAGGCAGAGGAGCGAGCUAAACGGGAAGCGGAGGAGCAGGCAAUGGAUCCCCCACUGGGACCGGCUCAAGCAGUGCCCGAUCCGAAGCAGGAAGCGGACGAGGAGGAAGAGGAGGCCACAGAGGCAGUGGAGGUCAGAGCUGCAGAUGGGAACAACACAGGAGAAGCAGAGCAGCAGCCUGGGACCAGCCACCACCGGAGCACACCACUGCAAAACGGGGCGCUGUCUGAAGGCGCUGCGAUUCCACAAAGUGCAGGACAGAAGAACAAGGCGGUGGAUGAAGUGGCCAUGGAAUAA